CAGGCCCAUUGGAAGAUUGCUGAGGCCCUCUGUUGGAGAAUCACCGAGUGCUGCGGUUAGAGCUGCUGUUAGAGGGCGCUGCAGUCACAGUUUAAAGUUUAGUAAAACUGAUGUUCUUGAAUUGGGUGUUUCCUGAAUCGCAUGCUUCAGGAUUUAGGAAGGAACAACGCCUGUGACAUCAGUGGGUUUUCAAGAAAAAAAAGUCGCUGAAACUGUGCAGCAAAGUAAGAGAGGGCCAGAGGUGCCUUCUCGAGGUCUAAAUAGAAAUCCUAAGGGACUCAGAACACACAAGGGGAAAUAGGACUUGUAAACUUUUUGAGAAAACAUGUCAACUUCGGACGACACAGACGGUCUCCGACCUAAAUAUGGGUCUGUUCUGGAUGGCAUGGAGCGGCUCACUGCUGAGGAGAUGGAUGAGCGACGCCAACAGAACAUGGCUUAUGAAUACCUGUGCCAUUUGGAAGAGGCUAAACGAUGGAUUGAAGCCUGUUUAAAUGAGGAUCUCCCGCCCACCACCGAGCUGGAGGAGGGCCUGAGGAACGGCGUGUACCUGGCCAAGCUGGGAAACUUCUUUGCUCCCAAUGUGGUCUCUCUCAAAAGGAUCUAUGACCGGGAACAAACACGCUACAAGGCCACUGGGCUCCAUUUCAGACACACAGACAAUAUCAUCCAAUGGCUGAAUGCAAUGACAGACAAGGGCCUUCCUAAGAUUUUCUAUCCUGAGACAACAGACAUCUACGACAGGAAGAACAUGCCCCGAUGCAUCUACUGCAUACAUGCUCUCAGCCUCUACCUGUUUAAACUUGGUCUUGCGCCCCAGAUUACAGACCUGUAUGGCAAGGUCGCCUUCACAGAGGAGGAGAUUAACAACAUGAAGAUUGAAUUAGAGAAGUACAACAUUCAAAUGCCAGCAUUCGGCAAAAUCGGUGGGAUUUUAGCCAAUGAGCUCUCAGUGGACGAAGCAGCCUUGCACGCUGCUGUGAUCGCCAUCAAUGACGCCAUAGACCACGGAGUCCCUGAAGGCACCCUAGCUGCCAUGAGAAACCCAAACGCCACGUUACUGCAACUGGACGCUAGCGCUGCCCAGCAGUACCAUGACACUCUGUUCCAGGCCAAGACUGAGAAAGUGGCCAACUCCCGAAAGAGAAUCGGAGAGAAUGCGGAGGCUGAAAGGGAUGCUUACGAUGAGUUGCUCACACAUGCUGAAAUCCAGGGAAACGUCAACAAAGUCAAUUUGACCCAAGCAUUGAAUUCAGCGGAACAGGCCCUACUGAGUGGUGAUGAGGACAAGCUGUACGACACUCUCCGUUCCCCUGCGUUAGGUCUGCAGUCCGUGCAAGCUCCGAACAAGGGAUGGUACCUCAAACAGCUGCUGGCCGAUCGAGAGCAGAAGGAACCGAAUGUCCCAGGAGAGCCUCUGAUGAAGGAGGAGUUACAGAGUGGGGUGGAUGCAGCCAAUGCACAAGCAGCGGACUAUCAAAAAUUGCUGCGGGCGAUGGAGAGGAUUAAUGCUGCCAUCAGAAAAGGUGUAGCAGAGGAAACAGUGAAUGAACUGACGAACCCAGACGCCCAGCUGCCGCAGGUUUACCCUAGCGCUGCAGAUCUGUACCAGAGAGAACUCGCCAGCCUGCAACAGCAGAGCGCAGAGGGCUCUUUGUCACACCCCGAGCUGCUGGUUGCUGUGGAGAUGCUGUCCUCGGUGGUGCUGAUAAACGAGGCGCUGGAUGUAGGGGACAGGGCAGCAGUGUGGAAACGGCUCAGCAGUAACCUCACCGGCCUCAGCAACGUAGAGGACGAGUUCGCCCAGAGAUAUAUCGAUGAGUUGAUGCAUCUGAAGGCAGCUGCGCGGGAGGAGGGUAGUGACUUUCUCACCUGGAAUGACAUCCAGGCCUGUGUGGACCAGGUCAACAAUACUAUUCAAGAAGAACAUGAAAGGAUUGCCGCUAUUGGUCUGAUCAACGAGGCUCUGGAUGAAAGUGGUCUACAGAAGACAAUGGCUUCUUUACAGAACCCAGCCGCCAAGCUAACAGACAUAGAUCCAUCUUUGGCUCAGCAUUACUAUGAUAUACUGCAGGAGGCAAGGAGAGAGAAGGCCCACGAAUGUGGAGAUCCUUCUGCAGUACUUUGGUUAGAUGAGAUCCAGGAUGCGAUCUUAAGAGCCAACAAAGACUCGGAGGAUGCUCUGCAGUUCUCUCAGGCGAUCCAGUCCAUCAAUGAGGCUGUGGAUAACAAGGACUCGUCUCAGACGCUGGCAGCUCUGCGUUCACCUGCCGGUGGUCUGUACGGAGUCACAUCUGAAUGUGCUCAGACCUACCAGGACGACCUGUUUCGAAUUAAAGAGGACAAGAAAAAGGAAGGGUAUAAUGGCAGUGAAUGGAUGAAACAUUGGGUGAAGGGAGGACACAACUACUACUAUAACCUCAAGACUGGACAAGGCAGCUGGGAAGAGCCUGCAGACUUUAUUCCAAACAACACUGAGCUCAACAAGGAGGAAAUACAGUCUGUUGUGUCAGGAGUAACUACAGCAUAUAACCGGGAGCAGCUGUGGUUGGCCAAUGAGAGUCUGAUCGCCAAGCUGCAGGCCCGGUGCCGUGGUUUUAUGGUGCGACGUGGAAUGAAAGAUCGUCUUGCGUUCUUGAAGUCUCAGGAGCCGUCCGUCACAUGCAUACAGGCCCACUGGAGAGGCUACAAGGACAAAAAGAAGUACAAAGACAGGAAGCAGUACCUGAAGGAUCACGCUGAUGAUGCUGUCAAGAUUCAGUCAAUGGUCAGGAUGCACCAAGCUCGCAAAAAAUACAGAGACCGUCUGCAGUACUUCAAAGACCAUAUUAAUGAUGUGGUGAAAAUUCAGGCUUUUAUUCGAGCCAACAAAGCAAGAGAUGACUACAAAACACUCAUCAAUGCAGAUGAUCCUCCAAUGGGAGUUGUUCGUAAGUUUGUCCACCUGCUGGAUCACAGCGAUCAGGACUUCCAGGAAGAGCUGGAUCUGAUGCGGCUAAGAGAAGAGGUGAUCACCAACAUCCGCUCCAACCAGCAGCUGGAGAACGACCUUAAUCUGAUGGACAUCAAGAUCGGCCUGCUGGUGAAAAACAAGAUCACCCUUCAGGAGGUGGUCUCUCACAGCAAGAAGCUCACCAAGAAGAACAAGGGCGAGCUGUCCAACCUCAUGAUGAUGAACAAGCAGAAAGGAGGCCUGAAGGCACUUAGUAAAGAGAAGAGGGAGAAGCUAGAGGCAUAUCAGUUCCUCUUUUACCUCUUACAGACAAAUCCAACCUACCUGGCCAAGCUGAUCUUUCAGAUGCCACAGAACAAGUCCACCAAGUUCAUGGAUUCUGUCAUUUUCACAUUGUACAACUACGCUUCUAAUCAGCGUGAAGAGUACCUCUUGCUCAAUCUUUUCAAAACGGCCCUGCAGGAGGAGAUCAAAUCAAAAGUGGACCACAUCCAGGAGAUCGUCACAGGAAACCCAACGGUCAUUAAGAUGGUGGUGAGCUUUAACAGAGGAGCCCGAGGUCAGAACGCACUCCGGCAGAUCCUGGCUCCGGUCGUGAAAGAAAUCAUGGAUGACAAGACCCUCAACAUUAAAACUGACCCAGUCGACAUAUACAAGAGCUGGGUGAACCAGAUGGAGAGUCAAACUGGAGAGGCCAGUAAAUUGCCGUAUGAUGUGACUCCAGAACAGGCAAUGAGUCACGAGGAAGUUCGAACCCGCCUGGAAGCCUCCAUCAAGAACAUGAGGACGGUCACAGACAAAUUCCUCUCGGCCAUAAUUGUUUCUGUGGAUAAAAUCCCAUAUGGCAUGCGGUUCAUUGCCAAGACGCUGAAGGACACACUUAACGAAAGGUUCCCUGAUGCCACAGAGGAUGAGCUUUUGAAGAUUGUGGGCAACCUGCUGUACUACCGCUACAUGAACCCUGCCAUUGUGGCUCCUGAUGCCUUUGACAUCAUCGAUCUAUCGGCUGGAGGACAGCUGACCAACGAACAGAGGCGAAACCUGGGAUCAAUCGCCAAAAUGUUGCAGCACGCAGCCUCCAACAAGAUGUUCCUCGGAGACAACGCCCAUCUGAACCCCAUCAAUGAAUACCUCUCUAACUCCUACCAGAAAUUUAGACGUUUCUUUUUGUCUGCUUGUGACGCCCCCUCUUUGGAAGACAAGUUCAAUGUGGAUCAGUACUCUGACCUGGUCACCUUGACCAAGCCUGUGAUCUACAUUUCCAUUGGGGAGAUCAUCAACACUCACACGCUCUUGCUAGAUCACCAGGAUGCCAUCGCACCAGACCACAAUGAUCCUAUUCAUGAGCUGCUAGAUGACCUGGGAGAGGUGCCCACCAUUGAGUCUCUAAUAGGUGAGAGCCCACUCCCCGCUGAUGAUCCUAAUAAGGAAAUGAUGGGUAAGACCGAAGUCUCUCUCACCCUCACCAACAAAUUUGAUGUUCCUGAUGAGGCCAAUGUUGAAAUGGAUGCCAAGACCCUCCUCCUCAACACCAAGAGGCUCAUAGUAGAUGUGAUCAGGUUUCAGCCAGGAGAGACACUCACUGAGAUUCUGGAGACGGUUGCUACACAAGAACAGGAAGCCGAUUACCAACGUGCCAUGCAGCGACGGGCCAUUCGUGAUGCUAAGACCCCGGAGAAGAUGAAGCAAGCCAAACCAGUUGUGGAUGACAGCCUUACCUUACAAGGCAAGAAGGACAAAAUCAAGAGCAACUUGCAAAGGCUAGGAGAGUUGGGCAAAGUUCACCCUGAGAAGAAAUACCAGGAUCUGAUCAAUGACAUUUCUAAGGACAUCCGGAACCAGAGGCGAUACCGUCAGAGGCGAAAGGCAGAAUUGGUGAAGCUUCAGCAGACCAAUGCAGCCCUGAACUCCAAGACCAAUUUCUACAAUGUGCAGAUUGACUACUACAAUCAAUACAUCAAGACCUGCAUGGACAAUUUAGCCAGCAAGGGCAAAGUUUCUAAGAAACCUGGAGACAAUAAGGCGAAGAAGAGUAAGCAGGUAUCGCAGAAGUACACCGCAGCCCGUCUGCACGAGAAGGGAGUGCUCAUUGACAUCGAGGAUCUGCAGCCAAAUCAGUAUAAGAAUGUCAUUUUCGAGAUCUCACCAUCUGAGGUUGUAGGCGUGUUUGAGGUGAAAGCUAAGCUUAUGGGAGUCCAUUUGGAGACGUUAUUGUUAGAAUACCAGGACCUGCUCCAGUUGCAGUACGAGGGGGUGGCAGUGAUGAAGCUGUUCGAUCGAGCUACUGUAAAUGUUAACCUCCUGGUUUUCCUGCUCAACAAGAAGUUCUACGGCAAAUAGAAACGCAGAGGGAAUGACAAGACUGUUUCAUACAAAGUGAAGCCCAGACCACAUUCAUCUUUAAAGUUUAGAUGUCUUUCCUGCACUACUCUGAGUGUGCUUUUCUUGAAGGAUAGAUUCCUUGAAUGUACAUUAUUAAAUUGUCACAGACCACCAACAUGUAUCUUCCGGACAUGUAACGGUUGACUUUCUGUUUUUACUGAGAUGUAAGUGUCCAAAAGAGUAUCAAUAAUAGUUUGCUUUGAUCUUUUGCAGACUGUGCUUGCAUGAGCUUUGAAUACUGUAUAUGUUAUAUGUAAAAUUUUUAUUACCUAAUCUAUUCUAAGGGAUAAACAAUUUGAAAAUUGUUUCUAAUUAUCCUUAUCAUGUAGGAGAGUGGUGAGCCACAUUCCUCCAAAUGUUACCAAAAUAUAUUUUAUCAGAGUAAUUUUUGUCUCUUUAUUUGUAAAUCCUGAAUGGGUAUAUUUCAUUGGCUAGUUGAAAAAUGAGGACUUGUUGGAAAAUAUUUUUUGCUGAAUGAAUUUUGUGUUUACGUCCCUCUAAUUUGUGCACCCUUGUCCAUUUUUUAAAAGGUGCCUUGACUUUAAUAAAAUUUGAGAAGCCUGAUCAUAUCAAAAUGUAGUGCUUAUAAUGUCAGUCCAUCUCAUUGUCUGUUGUUAUUAUUUGACUCAAGGUUGACGGAUGGUUACAUAUUUGUAUUGAUAUGUAACGAUACUGAUUAUUGAUGCUGGUUUAUACACUUAUUAUGAGAAAAUAGUGAUGACAUAAACAGAUUAAUUCUGAAAUUUAUGUACAGACAUUUUUUUUUCUUUUUACAAAAAAAAAAUUUCAAGGAUCAAUCCCAUCAUUAAAAAAAGAUUCAUGUUUUAGAGAAAACAUAACAUUUAUUGCAACCGUUCUGGUGUUUUGACUGAGAUGUUCUCAGUUGCUGUACCGUUAAAGCUGUGUCCCGAUGUUUUAUAUUCAAAUGCUUUAUGAAGGUGUGUAUUUUUUCCAUAUGUGCAUUCAAUAUAGAAUGCCAGCUGGUAGCUGUGUGGAAUAUGAACUGCAGUGUGGUUGAAAUUUCUUAGUAUCACAGUCGUUUUCCUGAUCUUACCUUUAACACUUGAACGGUAGUUCAGAAAGAUGCUGGUCAGAAAAUUACAUUUCACUACCCAGUGUUACAUAUGGCAAAAAUAAUAAGAGUGAAAGCUGAUAUUCUUUAACCUCAUUGUAUGGUUCAAAACACAAAAUGCUUGAAUAUCUACUCCUAUGUUUUGUUUUGAUUUAUUACAGAUAGCUCGAGCAAUUAUUUGUUAAGCUGUUCCACUGCUAAAACUAUUAAUAAAAUCUAUAAAUGAAAA